AUGAAAGAAAAUAUUAUAUCAAAGUUGAAACUGAUGCAGGAGGGUUAUUCAAGAACUAAUUCAAAGACCAAGUCCCGAAAGUUGAAAUGUGAUACUAAUGAUAUGUUCCCACCAAAAGAAACUACAAGUGUAGUCACUAUUAAAGAACAGAGAAUCGUCGCAGAAAUAGAAAAAGUGGAAGAUGAUGAAAGAGAGGAUGAAUCAGAAGGACAGCUAGAAGUUUGUAAAGAGAAAAGGAAAAGGUAUGGUAAUGCUGGCUCCAAUAAUGAAAUGUGA